CUCCUUGUGAACACGCCACAAGUGCUGAUCAGCUUCGUGUACCUCUUUUACAACAACGUCGUGACCGGAAUGCUUCUCGCACGAGAAUACGGGAACUAUGCCAGUACCCGCAAACCCUUUCGUAAUACCCGACCUGUCGGCCAGCAGAGGACUACUACGUACUGGCUGCAGAUGCCAUAUCGAUACCUCCUGCCACUGAUGGCGGGUAUGGCGCUUCUACACUGGCUGGUGUCGAGGAGCAUAUUUCUCGUGCAGAUCGAGACGUACGACGCGUCCGGGUCCAGCAAAGAUACGCUCGUGGACACAAUCAACGCCUGCGGUUACUCCGUCAUAUUCGCGAUUUCGGCUUUGGUCUUGGGUUUCGCUCUUAUUGUCUCACUCGGCUGUCUAUCCUACAGGAAGCUUGACCCGGGAAUUCCCGUCGCCGGACCUUGUUCAUUGGCGAUCAGCGCCGCGUGCGCGAAUGUUACGGAGGUAUAUGCUGCGAGAGGACCUGUGCAGUACGGCGUGCUUAUGAAUCGGAAGCCCGAUGCUGACGGCAGGCAGUACUUGGGAUUCUCAGGACAAGAUGUAGAGCCGCUAGAAUGGCGGAAGGAAUACUUGUGA